CUUUGUGUGGGGUGGAUUAGCUGAGCGACAAACUGGAGCAUCAGUCUGCUCCAAAGACGAAGACACACACACAAAAAAAAAAAAAGAAAAAGGAGGAGAAACUCCCCAUCGGUAGCCUCGGACCGCCGUGACAGAGCGGCCGCCCGCCACCUCUGCGCUGCUGCACGGACAUGCGAGAGUCAGAUAGGGCUGUUGUUUGAGUGACGCCUCGUUACCAUGACGACCCACGUGACCCUGGAGGAUGCUCUGUCCAACGUGGACCUGCUGGAGGAGCUGCCCCUGCCGGACCAGCAGCCAUGCAUCGAGCCCCCUCCCUCCUCCAUCAUGUACCAAGCCAAUUUUGACACCAACUUUGAGGACAGGAAUGCGUUCGUGACCGGCAUCGCUCGUUACAUCGAGCAAGCCACGGUCCACUCCAGCAUGAACGAGAUGCUGGAGGAAGGACACGAGUACGCCGUGAUGCUCUACACGUGGAGGAGCUGCUCCAGAGCCAUCCCCCAGGUGAAAUGCAACGAGCAGCCCAACAGAGUGGAGAUCUACGAGAAAACAGUGGAGGUGCUGGAGCCAGAAGUAACCAAGCUCAUGAAAUUCAUGUAUUUCCAGCGGAAAGCCAUCGAGCGCUUCUGCAGCGAAGUGAAGCGCCUGUGCCACGCCGAGAGACGGAAAGACUUUGUGUCGGAGGCCUACCUGCUGACGCUGGGCAAGUUCAUCAACAUGUUCGCCGUGCUGGACGAGCUCAAGAACAUGAAGUGCAGCGUCAAGAACGAUCACUCCGCCUACAAGCGGGCAGCGCAGUUCCUGAGGAAGAUGGCGGAUCCCCAGUCCAUCCAGGAGUCCCAGAACCUCUCCAUGUUUCUAGCCAACCACAACAGGAUCACUCAGUGCCUGCACCAGCAGCUGGAGGUGAUUCCCGGGUACGAGGAGCUGUUAGCAGAUAUCGUCAACAUCUGCGUCGACUACUAUGAGAACAAAAUGUACCUGACGCCCAGUGAGAAGCACAUGCUGCUGAAGGUCAUGGGCUUCGGUCUGUACCUGAUGGAUGGAAACGUGAGCAACAUCUACAAACUAGAUGCCAAGAAGAGGAUCAACCUGAGCAAGAUCGACAAGUUCUUCAAACUGCAGGUUGUCCCCUUGUUCGGAGACAUGCAGAUCGAGUUGUCGCGCUACAUCGAGACCAGCGCGCACUACGAGGAAAACAAGUCCAAGUGGACGUGCACCCAGAGCAGCAUCUCCCCCCAGUACAACCUGUGCGAGCAGAUGGUGCAGAUCCGGGACGACCACAUCCGCUUCAUCUCGGAGCUGGCGCGCUACAGCAACAGCGAGGUGGUGACGGGCUCGGGCCUGGACAGCCAGAAGUCGGACGAGGAGUACCGCGAGCUGUUCGACCUGGCGCUGCGCGGCCUGCAGCUGCUGUCCAAGUGGAGCACGCACGUCAUGGAAGUGUACUCGUGGAAGCUGGUCCACCCCACAGAUAAGUUCUGUAACAAGGACUGCCCCGGCACGGCGGAGGAGUACGAACGCGCCACGCGCUACAACUACACGAGCGAGGAGAAGUUCGCCCUGGUGGAGGUCAUCGCCAUGAUCAAGGGGCUGCAGGUUCUGAUGGGGCGGAUGGAGUCGGUGUUCAACCAGGCCAUCAGGAACACCAUCUACGCAGCUCUGCAGGACUUUGCCCAGAUGACCCUGAGGGAGCCGCUGCGCCAGGCCGUCCGCAAGAAGAAGAACGUGCUCAUCAGUGUCCUGCAGGCCAUCCGGAAGACCGUGUGUGACUGGGAGGGGGCCCGGGAGCCCCCCAACGACCCCUGCCUGCGCGGGGAGAAGGACCCCAAAGGUGGUUUUGACAUCAAGGUGCCGCGUAGAGCUGUAGGACCCUCCAGUACUCAGCUGUACAUGGUGCGCACCAUGCUGGAGUCGCUGAUCGCAGAUAAAAGCGGAUCCAAGAAGACCCUGCGCAGCAGCCUGGACGGGCCCAUCGUCCAGGCCAUCGAGGACUUCCACAAGCAGUCCUUCUUCUUCACGCACCUGCUCAACUUCAGCGAGGCGCUGCAGCAGUGCUGCGACCUCUCCCAGCUCUGGUUCCGGGAGUUCUUCCUGGAGCUCACCAUGGGCCGCAGGAUCCAGUUCCCCAUCGAGAUGUCCAUGCCUUGGAUCCUCACGGACCACAUCCUGGAGACCAAGGAGCCUUCCAUGAUGGAGUACGUGCUGUAUCCUCUGGACCUGUACAACGACAGUGCCUACUACGCCCUCACCAAGUUCAAGAAGCAGUUCCUGUACGAUGAAAUCGAGGCUGAGGUGAACCUCUGCUUUGACCAGUUCGUCUACAAGCUGGCAGACCAGAUAUUCGCCUACUACAAAGCGAUGGCUGGAAGCGUCCUCCUGGACAAGCGCUUCAGAGCAGAGUGUAAAAACUAUGGCGUCAUCAUCCCGUACCCUCCAUCGAACCGCUACGAGACGCUGCUCAAACAGAGACACGUACAGUUGCUGGGCCGCUCCAUCGACCUGAACCGCCUGAUCACGCAGAGGAUCUCGGCCGCCAUGUACAAGUCCCUGGACCACGCCAUCAGCCGCUUCGAGAGCGAGGACCUCACCUCCAUAGUGGAGCUGGAGUGGCUGCUGGAGAUCAACCGGCUGACCCACCGCCUGCUGUCCAAGCACAUGACGCUGGACAGCUUCGACGCCAUGUUCCGGGAGGCCAACCACAACGUCUCGGCGCCCUACGGCCGCAUCACGCUGCACGUCUUCUGGGAGCUCAACUUUGACUUUCUACCAAACUACUGCUACAACGGAUCCACCAAUCGCUUCGUACGCACGGCCAUCCCCUUCACUCAGGAGCCUCAAAGAGACAAGCCGGCCAACGUGCAACCUUACUACCUGUAUGGGUCAAAGCCUCUGAACAUUGCUUACUCCCACAUAUACAGCUCCUACAGGAACUUUGUGGGCCCGCCUCACUUCAAGACCAUCUGCCGCCUCCUCGGCUACCAGGGCAUCGCCGUGGUGAUGGAGGAGCUGCUUAAGAUUGUCAAGAGCCUGUUACAGGGCACCAUUCUGCAGUAUGUAAAAACUCUGAUUGAAGUCAUGCCCAAGAUCUGCCGCCUACCGCGCCACGAGUACGGCUCGCCAGGAAUCCUGGAGUUCUUUCAUCACCAGCUCAAGGACAUCAUCGAGUACGCCGAGCUGAAGACGGACGUCUUCCAGAGCUUAAGGGAGGUGGGGAACGCCAUCCUCUUCUGCCUGCUCAUCGAGCAAGCUCUGUCCCAGGAGGAAGUGUGUGACCUGCUUCACGCCGCCCCCUUCCAGAACAUCCUGCCAAGAGUCUACAUCAAAGAGGGAGAGCGUCUGGAGGUGAGGAUGAAGAGACUGGAGGCCAAGUACGCUCCUCUCCACCUCGUGCCUCUGAUCGAGAGGCUGGGGACCCCACAGCAAAUUGCCAUUGCGCGGGAGGGGGACCUGCUCACCAAAGAGCGCCUGUGCUGCGGCCUGUCCAUGUUCGAGGUGAUCCUGACACGCAUCCGCAGCUUCCUGCAGGACGGGGUGUGGCGCGGCCCUCCGCCCACCAACGGGGUAAUGCACGUGGACGAAUGUAUGGAGUUCCACCGCCUGUGGAGUGCCAUGCAGUUCGUCUACUGCAUUCCCGUGGGCACACACGAGUUCACAGCAGAGCAGUGCUUCGGGGACGGGCUGAACUGGGCCGGCUGCGCCAUCAUCGUGCUGCUCGGACAGCAGCGCCGCUUUGACCUGUUCGACUUCUGCUACCACCUGCUCAAAGUCCAACGGCAGGACGGCAAGGACGAGAUCAUCAAGAACGUGCCCCUGAAGAAGAUGGCAGACCGCAUCCGGAAGUACCAGAUCCUCAACAACGAGAUAUUCGCCAUCCUUAACAAGUACAUGAAGGCAGUGGAGACGGACAGUUCCACCGUGGAGCACGUUCGCUGCUUCCAGCCUCCUAUACACCAGUCCCUGGCGACCACCUGUUGAAACAGAGCAAAGACAAAUAGUGCACUCGCAGACACACAUUCCCCCUUAACUGAUGCUAACUUCUGCCUCACUGUGGUCUUGUAGGUUCCAGCGGACCACGCCGGCUCUAAGAACCCAGAGACGAAUCCUCUCAAAACCCUUCCUUAAUUUAAAAACGGGACCGUCUUUGGAUUCUUCGGCUGAGGCGGAGGAGUGUAUAUUCACACCUUUUCUUUCUUUUCUUUUCUUUUUUUUUUUAACUCUAUGUGGCUUUCACUCACUCAUGCAUGCCUUUUCUUUUCCCUUCAGCUGCUCACUUGUGCAUUUUGCCACUUACACACAAGCCCAAAAGAAAAAAGGAAAAAAAAAAUGUGUCCUCUAAUAUGGAGCCUUGUUUCAAAGUGUUUAAAAAAAAGAGACAGUAAUUCCUACUGGGGGGGAGGGGGGGGUCAUUUGCAAUGAAGACCUGCAAAAAAAAAAAAAGUCUAAAAAGCAAAACAAACUUGAAAUCCAAUGCUGACGAGUCUUACGUGAUGGUCUGGGAUCUUCCGGUGCUCCUGCAACUACUAACACUCCUAACACUCAGCGGUACGCCAGCGCUCCUGCUCCCAGUCCUUUUAAAGCCAAACUCAUUCAGAUCUCUUUAGUCUCGCACAGAACAUCCUGGUCCGCCCGUAUCCAACGGUACGCAGCGUUCACGUCCUCACUACUUCCUCCACGCCCGGCUUCGCGUUCCAGCGUACGGCAGCAGAAUGCAUUUUGGAUUUGCUUUUAUUUAUCUAAUGACUCCAUCUCGUUUUCCUCCCUCCGUACGACUCAUUUUCAUUUGGUGCAAGUUCCACUGUAAAAUCUCACUGUUGACCAUAGUGAAGUGUUGAGUGUGUAAGUGUUCUUGUUUUAAUUAUCCAUAUUUUACUUUACGCAUCCUCGGUAUACUUGCCUCUCUGCUACUGAAAGGAAACCUCAUUUGUUUUCGUCUCCUUUUGUCAUUUGAAAGUUUUUUUAUAUUCUGUACAUGAACGCAGUUAUAUUAUUUACAAUUUUGAAAAAAAAACAUAUUAAUUGGAAUAAAUGUGUUUUUCUUGUUAAGUAAAAUAACAGGAGAAAGAAGAUUAGGAAAGUACCUCUAGGUUGUAGAAAGACUGUGCUGUACCAGGUUGGCCUGUUUUGAGUGUGAGUGGAUGAGCACACUUACUCCUCUAAUACAAAAAACAAAUCAUUAUGAAAUCCUAAAUUGAAGGGCCAUUUCUUAAAUAUAGCCAGUAUUUACUGUGGUUGGACUUUUGGUUUAGAUUUAGCAGUGUUAUCAAAAUAUGCACAAAAAAGAAUCCUCCCCUUUUUGUUCAUAUGGAGAAAAAGGAAUGAAUCAUGAAGAAGUAACCUUACCAGAACAAGCCCUGUGAUCGCUUUCUGCUCUGUUUUAAAUGCAGAACGUUUGUUUUGUAAAUCCAGUGUCUUUUUAUCAUAUUUAUUCAACUCCAAGUUAUCGUCCAUUUAAAGGUUAAUCUCGUAAAAUCGAAGGUACCGAUGUAACAUUUCGAAACCUUAGCAUGGCAGAAGUAAUUUAUUGUCAUCAGUGGCUCCAUUUGUGACAUGAAGCUUUGUUUAUGAUAUUGUUGUACAAGUGAAAAUGUUUUGAAGUACAAAAAAAAAAAAACGGAUAAAAGAAUAUAAAAUGUACAACAAUGGUCCUGCAAAGGAUUUUAAAUUAUGUUGUAUUUCCAUGAAAUAAAAAAU